AGCCCCUCACAGAGAAAAGUAGACAGAGAAAGAGAGAGUUUUCUCUGAUCUAAGAGACCCAUUUUCUUUUUUUAUUUUUCUUGUUAUUGAUGUAUAAAUAAGCAAUCGAGACAAGCAAUAUAUGUAUUUUUUCUAUGGGGUGUUAUUGAAUUGAAUUUUGGUUAAGACAAGACGACGAGGGCCUACCAGCAAUAUAUCUCAAAAGUCACUGUUUGGAUCACUUCCUUAGUACGCUUAGGGAAUUGGAAACUUGUUUUCAUUUCUUUCGAAGGAAUCACAUCUGAAUUAUGCAUUAUUCAUCGCCAAUUCUCAUCUAAACCGAAUUUUCAAGGAAGAGAAGAGAAGUGAAGUGAAUUUUCUCAGGAAAUAAUCAACAAGUUUUGAAGUUAGUUUUACAGAAGAUUUGCUUGCUCUUAAUGCGCCUUCGACUUCUUGGAGGCGGAUCUGCACUAUAAAGAGAAUUGAGUAGAGAAUUUUGGAGAUACGCAACGACUUAAUUAGCGAAAUUGGGUUGAAUUGUGUGUAUUUACUUGAUCUGGCGAACACAUAAUUAAAGUGUGGAUGGAGCUGCCUCAGCCCAGACCUUUUGGAACAGAAGGGAGGAAGACGACGCAUGACUUUCUUUCACUGUAUUCACCUGUUCAACAAGAUCCAACACCUCCACAAGCAGGUGGAUACAUAAAAACUCAUGACUUCUUGCAACCGCUGGAGCAAGCAGAGAACAGAAUACGGAAGGAAGAGCCUAAAGUUGAGGUAGCGGCUGUAGAGAAGCCUCCACCACCAGUAGUUGUUACUCCUUCAGUGGAGCAUAUUCUUCCUGGUGGCAUAGGCACCUAUAGCAUUUCUUAUUUGCACCAAAGGGUACCAAAGCCAGAAGCAAGCUUGUUUGCUGCAGCACAGGCAAGUAGUACCGACAGGAAUGAUGAAAAUUCAAACUGCAGUUCUCACACAGGGAGUGGUUUCACGCUGUGGGAUGAAUCUGCAGUCAAGAAGGGAAAGACAGGGAAGGAGAAUUCUGGGGGUGAUAGACACAUCCUAAGAGAAGCAGGUUUGAACACUGGAGGAGAUCAACCUACGACAUCAUUGGAAUGGCAGUCACAAUCAUCUUCAAAUCAUAAGCACAACACUACGGCCUUAAGUUCGCUCUCAUCUGCUCAACAAUCAUCGCCUCUUAAGAGCCAGAGUUUCUUAAAUAUGAUAACAGCAGCUAAGAAUGCACAAGAUGACGACGAUGAUGAUGAUGAAGAUUUUGUGAUUAAAAAAGAACCACAGUCGCACCCCAGAGGUAAUUUAUCUGUAAAAGUUGAUGGAAAUGGCAAUGAUCAAAAGCCAAACACCCCGCGUUCAAAGCAUUCGGCAACAGAGCAACGGAGAAGAAGCAAGAUCAAUGACAGAUUUCAGAUGUUGAGAGGAAUCAUACCUAACAGUGAUCAGAAAAGAGAUAAAGCCUCAUUCUUACUGGAGGUUAUUGAAUAUAUUCAUUUCCUACAAGAGAAAGUGCACAAGUAUGAGGAUUCAUACCAAGGCUGGGACAAUGAGCCUUUGAAGUUGCCAUUGAGCAAGUGCCAUAGGACGACUCAAGGUGUCAGCAAUCAUCCUCAAAGCACUAUUAAUGCAUCUGGUGCUGCACUGACGUAUGCGGGGAAGUUUGAUGAGACCAUCAUGGGGAUUUCUUCUACUAAUCCUAUCAAUGUGAAAAAACUGGAACCAAACAUAAGCAUCACAAGUUUAAACGAAAACGGUCAGCAACCUGGUUUAACAAAUAAGCCGACAACACUUUCUAUGCACCCAAACACAUUUUCAUUUUGUGGGACAAGUAGCACAGCAGCGCUAUAUUCACCAAAGCUGACAGCUGAUACUGAUAAGUUGGAGUCAAAGUCUCAUUCUCAAUUUUCGCUUAGCAGAUCACAUAUGACUGAUUAUGCUAUUCCAAAUGCUAAUCCAAAAAGGCAGGAGCUGUCUGUAGAAAGUGGUACCAUCAGCAUCUCUAGUGCCUAUUCUCAAGGGUUGUUGAACACCUUGACACAAGCACUGCAAACUUCUGGAGUAGAUUUGUCCCAAGCCAAUAUCUCUGUGCAAAUUGAUCUUGGGAAGAGAGCAAACGGGAGAGUAAAUUCUUCAGCGUCAACGAUUAAGGGUGACAAUGUUUCCACAAGCAAUCAACCGAUUCCAAAAUCCAUAGUUACAAGCACAAGGGAGGAGUCUGAUCGUGCCUUCAAAAGGCGGAAAACAAGCUAAUGCUAAUUUAAAACACUAAGCGUUCUUUUUUUUCAAUUGGUUAAAUUUAAUUGUUUUUCUUUUCCCCUUACCCUUCCUCUUCUCAAGCAAUAUUGACUUCCGCACCUGGUACAGAAAUCUCCGAUAUGAGAGAUCACAAGCCACUGUAUAUGUAAUGUACUACUACUAUUUUUCUGCCCUUCAUUUUCCUCUUUGAAUUUUGGGCUGCACAGAUUUACCUGAUUAGAGUGUGAUAUUUAUUACUUAGAGUGAACUAUUGUAUCAUUAUUAAGGCUUUCCGUGCUGAUGAUGAGAAGCUGCCUUUUUCAAGUUUAGGCUUCCAUUCAUUUGCACGGGAAGGCUAAAGGACAUUGUUCUACUCUAUUUAUUUAAAGACAUGAUGAAUUUCCAAAAGAAAAAGAAAACUUGGUAGGUUC